AUGCCUCGUGUAGUGGCGGAGAAUGAAGUGGAUAGCAUGGCGGCGUUUUACCAAAGAGGACAGGUGGCUGCCUCUCCGUCUCUCGGAGAGCUUCUUAAGUUCGUCGGAGACAUAAGGAAGGAGGCGAACGGUGAUGAGACUCCGGCGCAUCGUGUUUUGGAGAUGAGCGAAACCAGCAACGAGCCUAGAUCGUUGCCGUUUGUUUUGAAGUUCAAUAAUCUAACUUACAGUGUGAAAGUUCGGAGAAAGAUGGCGGUUCCUUCUCUGUUUGGUCGCCGGGAGAGGCUUGGUGAUUCUUCUGUUGGAAGUGAGCAUCUGUUUUCCAGAAGCAAGGUUCUGUUGAAUGAUAUCUCCGGUGAAGCGAGGGACGGCGAGUUAGUGGCGGUGUUAGGUGCGAGUGGAUCUGGAAAAUCAACUUUGAUCGAUGCUCUGGCGAAUCGGAUCGCGAAAGGAAGCUUGAAAGGAACUGUAACGUUGAACGGCGAGCAAUUGGAAUCUCGAUUACUUAAGGUGAUUUCAGCUUAUGUGAUGCAGGACGAUCUGUUGUUUCCAAUGUUAACAGUCGAGGAAACUCUCAUGUUCGCCGCCGAGUUCCGUCUUCCUCGAACAUUCUCCAAAUCGAAGAAGAAGCUUAGAGUUCAAGCCUUAAUUGACCAAUUAGGGCUCCGAAACGCUGCUAAAACAGUCAUCGGUGAUGAAGGACACAGAGGUGUUUCAGGUGGAGAACGCCGCCGUGUCUCGAUCGGAAUCGACAUCAUUCACGAUCCGAUUAUUUUGUUUCUGGAUGAACCGACGUCAGGGCUUGAUUCAACCAGUGCUUACAUGGUCGUCAAAGUUUUACAACGGAUUGCACAAAGCGGCAGCAUCGUGAUGAUGUCCGUACACCAGCCGAGCUACCGUCUUCUUGGAUUACUCGACCGCCUACUGUUUCUGUCCCGGGGACAGCCCGUCUACAACGGAUCUCCGGCGGAACUUCCGUUAUUCUUCUCUGAUUUCGGACGUCCGAUUCCAGAUAAGGAGAAUCGGACGGAAUUUGCGCUUGAUUUGAUCAGAGAACUGGAAGGGACUCCCGGAGGAACCAAAAGGCUGGUGGAAUUCAACAAAACCUGGCUAAACCGGAAGCAAAAUCUCAACGGAAACGAAACCCCAACCCAUGGAUUAACUCUCAAAGAAGCAAUUAGUGCAAGCAUAUCCAGAGGCAAACUAGUCUCCGGCGCCGGCGCCAACAACGGGACUAAUCCGACUGCUAUGGUCCCAACAUUUGCUAAUCCAAUGUGGAUGGAAAUGGCGGUUUUAUCAAAACGAUCCUUUACAAAUUCACGAAGAAUGCCUGAGCUAUUCGGAAUCCGAUUAGCUGCGGUGACAAUCACCGGUUUCAUACUCGCCACGGUGUUCUGGAACCUCGAUAAUUCCCCAAGAGGUGUUCAGGAACGAUUAGGGUUCUUCGCAUUCGCCAUGUCCACAACCUUCUACACCUGCGCCGACGCCUUACCGGUCUUCCUCCAAGAACGCUACAUUUUCAUGAGAGAAACCGCCUACAACGCUUACCGGCGAUCUUCAUACGUACUAUCUCACUCACUCGUUUCAAUCCCAUCACUCAUCUUCCUCUCACUCGCAUUCGCCGCCAUUACUUUUUGGGCGGUGGGACUCGCCGGAGGUGUUUCAGGUUUCAUCUUUUACUUCUUUGUGAUACUAGCAUCCUUCUGGGCAGGAAGCUCAUUCGUUACAUUUCUCUCCGGCGUCGUUCCUCAAGUGAUGCUCGGUUACACCAUUGUCGUCGCGAUUCUAGCUUACUUCCUUCUAUUUAGUGGAUUCUUCAUCACUCGUGAUCGAAUCCCAGGUUACUGGAUAUGGUUUCACUACCUUUCUCUUGUCAAGUACCCUUACGAAGCUGUUCUACAGAAUGAAUUCGAUGACCCUAUCAAAUGCUUCAUCCGAGGAACUCAGAUCUUCGACAACAGCCCACUCGCCGCCGUGGAUAACACCGUGAAAGCAAAACUAUUGCAAAGCAUGAGCGGAUCACUCGGCAUCAAUAUCAGCAGCAGCACUUGCCUGACCACCGGCGUCGAUAUAUUGAAGCAACAAGGGAUCACCGACCUGAGCAAAUGGGGUUGCUUGUGGGUAACAGUCGCAUGGGGGUUCUUCUUCAGGGUUCUGUUCUAUUUAUGCUUAUUGGUGGGAAGCAAAAACAAGAGGAGGUAA